AUGCAAGCUGGGCGCAGCAAACGAAAUAAGGCGCGAGUACAUGCAGAGAUUCGAAUCGCAGAGCCCUUCGUCGAGGCCAAAGACUCGCAGAAGUCAAAUUCACCCGCUGGCCAACAAACGCUGGUGUCGAUACUCAAAGCGCUGAAAACUCACCUGGCGUGGAUCCCAGCGAACUGGACAUGGCAGAAGUUCAAACCUCUCAUUAGGUGUUCAGUUGCCGCAUGGUUAGCUAUUGUGUUCUUCGUGAUCCCGUCACUUUUGAGGGCGAUGGGUGGAACGGCGGACUUUCUCAUUCUUAUCGUCUCCUUUCUCGCCCCACCCAGUGACCCUUUCCUGGCUGUCCUAGAACGCGAGGUUCUAAUCCUACUAUUCGUAUCGAUUACCUGGGCUUGGGUUUGUCUUGGCAUUCGUUUUGCAGACAUGGCUCGCACAGUCCAUGACCCGUCCGCGCCGCUUGCCGAGGUCAUAACCGGCAAAUUCCUAGAACCUGGCCCUACUGCUAUCUUCGCGGUUUUCCUGUUUCUGGGAAGCGCGGCUAUGCUGUACACCAAAACUCGACAAGGACCGGGUCCUUUCAAGUUUGCGUGCGAUUUUAGUGCCUUUGUCCUUGAUAUUCCCCUGACCACCGCAGUCCUGUUUCCGUACCCCUUUUAUCAAGCAGGCACGGCCGUGGUGCUCCCGAUUGUCUUUCACUCCGCGCUAGCGCUCAUUACGUCGCUCAUAAUUUUCCCUACCACCAUAUCGGAACAAUUCGCUGAAAAAUUGCAAGGAACCAUAUCUCCUCUCAUCGCUUCCCUUAAACUCCAUCGAACUCUCCUACAAACUCCGGCUGACUCCCCAUCUUUUGUAUCGAUGGCUCAAACGAUUGUGAAAACUGUCAAUCAAUCGGAGGCAGCCCUGGGUCCUCUCGCCGGAAGCGCCCGUCUCCUGUCAAGUGACAUCCUUUAUAGUCGCUUCGCACCCAACGACUUCUGCGAGUUUCAAGACUUAUCGCGACGCUUUGUCGGGCGGGCCAACGGAUUGGCGCGGUAUUUCACGUUGAUCGACCCCACGAGAGAGAGGUUUCCAACCACGCCUGCCCCAUCUCUGCCUAAUUCACCCCUAGUGUCGAGUUCGCCUCAGGUGUCGAGUCCACCUCGGGUGUCGAGUCCUAGGUUGUCGAGUCCUCCUCAGGGUAGGCUAUUGCAUCACAGAACUUCAGUCGAAGACGACGAUCAAGGAACGGACUCAGAUUAUGUGGAAAACGUGGCUCGAGGUCAAGUUUCCCCUACACCCUCGAUGCUAUUACCUGUCGGAUCACAUUCCCGACCUACCUCCAAACAUCAUCAUACCGCACAUCAUCAUACCGCACAUAAUCAUCACGCACAUCAACAUCAUCUCCUUCACAAAAACUUGCUCAAAGUGGCCACAGGGCGGGUGCGGAAGCAAGAGGCUGCUGUGGGUGUAUUCGCAAUUUGGCGUUAUUUAGACAUCGAGGCGGCACGCUCGAACGAUCCUAACUCUGAACAACAUACAAGAAAGGCGACGGAGCUGUUGAGCGACAGUUGCGACGACCUGCUAAGGGCGUGUAUAGAUGGCUUGGUCUGCCUCAAUGGAUGGCUGACAUCCGUUCGAGCAAAUCACAUAGGCUUCUUCUCGAAGACGGAGGUUACGGAGGCUCAAUGGCAAUCAAAAAUAACACAACUUAAGAAUUUGAGAAAGGAUAUUGCCGAGACCUUGAAAGAAUUUAGAGUGAAUAAAAGACACAUAAUACUUCAACCCUACCGCCUCGCCUUUGAGACACCUGAUGAAGAUUCAGGUUCAGAUUACGAAACGCCCCCUCACAGGCACUUGUUCAAUUGCUACGUAUAUCAAUAUCACCUCAUUCAAAUUUCUGAGAUCGUCAUCGACGGAAUCGAUGAAAUCAUAAAACUUGAAGAACUUCGGAAGAAAAACCGUCUGUGGACUCCAGGCCGUCUUUCAAAUCCAUUUCAAGUUUUCCCGAGCGCGCCUACUGAUGACGAUGAUGAUCCUGAGACGAUUCAGGGUGUUAAACCAUCCGCCGCCGAGGAGGAAGACGCUCUUGGGCAAGCACGUCAUAGAGACCCUGAUGCUUUACCUCCUAAGAAUGUCUUGGAAUGGUGCAUGUACCAUUUGUACCUUGGCUUGACCGGCCUCGGACGAGGCAACAUGUUAUUUUCAAUCAAGGCCGGGAUUUUUAGUGUCGUCAUCUGUCUCGUCUUCUUCCUCAGAAGUUCGGCCACGUUUGCAUACGAGAACCGAGCUGUUUGGGCAAUAAUAAUGUUUCACUUUACCAUUUCACGCUUCCGAGGAGAUACGGCGUAUAUUUUAGUUUCCAGAAUUAUUGCAACCUUUUUAGGUGGCCUUGUUGGCGCAGCAAUGUGGUAUAUCUCAUCUGGGUCAGGAGACGGAAAUCCAUAUGGAUUAGCGGCAGUAUGCGCUGUUUUCUUUCCGAUUUUCUUCUUCAUCAAGCUGUAUUGUCCAAUAAUGCCGCUUACCACCACCGUCUUUGCUUUGACAGUCGUCGGCUAUUCCUACCAGGACGUUUUCAUUGUUGUCCCAGGCGCUCCAGGUUUCGGUAUAACUGUUGCUUGGAAACGGUUCAUCCCUGUUGUGGUAGGCGUUGUCGCCGCAUUCCUUGUCUCCCUUCUCCCCCCUGCAACUACGAUCAGGCGUUACCACAGGACGCUUUUGGCCACAACAUCGUCAGAAAUUGGUGUUCUAUAUUGUUCCAUCAUUUCCUUUGCUCACGGGAGGGAGGUGCACGACAUUCCCGAAAUUGUUCAGAAUCUAAUCGCGAUUCGGUCCAAGUUAAAAAAAGCGCUUGCACUGAAAGAAAAUGUCAUGUACGAGUUUUCCCUCCGCGGAACGUGGCCUGCACGGCGAUAUGAGUUAAUAUUGGAUCUUCAGCUGUCUCUUUCGUAUACAUUAUCCCACCUUAUGUCGGUGAUAGAACAUAUGGAACCGACUUGGACGCGAGCAUUUUUACGGAGAACUAGGUUUCUAGAUCCCGAUUUCCAGGGAGACAUUCUCGCGGUCAUAAGUAAAUUUCCUGAAGCCGCUUCGUUUCUGACUUUGCUCAUGUCUCGGUAUCAUGUAGCCAUGAUAUCUACGUCGUUGAAGACCGGCAAUCCAUUGCCACAAAUAACUCCUUGCCCUCUACUUGAUCGUUUUAAUAUGCACUAUCACGGGCUUGACGUGUUCCACAAGGAAAACAAGGACGAUUAUGGCAUACCACAUUCUCUGACUUUUGAGAUGUUGCAGAACGAGCAAUAUAUGAUGUUUUGCGUGGGCGUCUCUACUGCUUUUGCCUUCAUGCAUCGUCUAGAUCGGUUGAUGAUGGCGACAAAAGAAGUUGUAGGCGAACGGUACCACAUCAGAGGUCUAGGACAUGCUCGAUCGCGUCGGGCCAGAGAUCUCAGUCCUCGUUCAAGCGCCCUCCAAUUCCGUCCCCCACAAGACGUCUAA